CCUCUGUCAGCCUCCAACCCAGGACCCAGCCCCCCAAGAUCUGAUUCGGCCUGCUCUUAUGCCUCUGUGAUCAGCAUCAGGCCUCUUCACCUCUCCAAGCCCCAGCUUCCACAUCUACAAGCUGACUCUGAGGAGCUGGGUCUGCACCAUCUACCCAGGUGAGACUCCUGACUGUGGCCCAUGGGCCUCUGAGGAGGCAUCAUAAGUCCACCCAGCUCCCCACUUGCCGUGCUCCCACUCAAUGGGAAGGGAACCAAGGCCUUGUCCCACCAUAAGCCACGGCCUCUUGACAACACCGGGAUGGAAGUCAAAGGUCAGCUGAUCAGCUCUCCCACUUUCAAUGCCUCAGCUGCCCUGUUCGGAGAGGCUGCUCCCCAGGUGAAGUCAGAGCGUUUGAGGGGACUGCUGGACCGGCAGAGAGCUCUGCAGGAGGCCCUGAGUCUGAAACUUCAGGAGCUACGCAAAGUGUGCCUCCAAGAGGCGGAGUUAACUGGCCAGCUGCCCCCUGAGUGCCCACUGGAGCCUGGGGAACGGCCCCAGUUGGUCCGCCGGCGGCCCCCUGCAGCCCGAGCCUACCCUCCACCGCCCCCCAACCCAGCACACCACUCCUUGUGCCCUGCUGAGGAGCUGGCUCUCGAGGCUCUGGAACGCGAGGUGUCAGUGCAGCAGCAGAUCACAGCAGCUGCCCGCCGCCUGGCCUUGGCCCCUGAGCUGAGUGCUGAGCAGCGCCGGCGCCGGCGCCAGGUGCAGGCAGAUGCUCUUCGGAGGCUGCAUGAGCUGGAGGAGCAGCUCGGGGACGUCCGAGCCCGCCUAGGUCUCCCAGUGCUCCCGCUGUCCACAGGGGCAGUUAUAACCACCCAGAAUGUCUGCCUGGGCACACGCCUCACUCAGCUCAGCCAAGAGGAUGUAGUUCUGCACUCAGAGAGCAGCUCUCUCUCAGAGUCUGGGGCCAGCCAUGAUAAUGAGGAGCCUCGUGGCUGCUUCUCUCUGGCUGAGCGCCCCUCGCCACCCAAGACCUGGGACCAGCUGCGGGCAGUGUCUGGGGGCAGCCCUGAGCGGCGAACCCCAUGGAAACCACCCCCGUCAGACCUUUAUGGGGACCUGAAGAGCCGACGGAACUCUGUGGCCAGCCCCACCAGCCCCACACGCUCGCUGCCCAGGAGUGCCUCCAGUUUUGAGGGGCGAAGUGUGCCUGCCACCCCUGUCCUCACCCGGGGCCCUGGCCCCCAGCUCUGCAAACCUGAAGGCCUCCAUUCACGCCAGUGGUCUGGCAGCCAGGACUCCCAGAUGGGAUUCCCUCGGGCAGACCCGGCCUCGGACCACCGCGCCUCACUCUUUGCAGCUCGCACCCGCCGCAGCAACAGCUCUGAGGCCCUGCUAGUGGACCGGGCAGCUGCAGGGGGAGCUGGCUCCCCACCUGUGCCUCUGGCUCCCCCUGCCACUGGUCCCCCAGUCUGCAAGAGCAGUGAGGUGCUGUAUGAGCGCCCCCAACCAGCCCCUGCCUUCUCCUCCCGCACAGCUGGCCCCCUAGAUCCUCCCCGGGCUGCCCGGCCGAGCUCAGCUGCCCCUGCGUCCCGUGGGGCCCCCAGGCUCCCACCUAUGUGUGGAGACUUCCUCUUGGACUAUUCCCUGGACCGGGGCCUGCCCCGAGGAAUUGGUGGGCCAGGCUGGGGGGAGCUGCUGCCUGCAGCUGAGGUCCCAGGACCCUUCUCCCGCCGGGAUGGGCUCCUCACCAUGUUCCCAGGCCCACCACCUGUGUAUGCAGCUGAUGGCAGCAGCCCCCUCCUCCGCAGCAAGGACCCCCACACCCGUGCCACCCGCACCAAGCCCUGUGGCCUGCCCCUGGAGGCUGCAGAGGGUCCAGAAGUGCAUCCAAACCCUCUGCUAUGGAUGCCCCCACCCACUCGUAUCCCUCCAGCUGGCGAGCGCAGUGGCCACAAGAACCUUGCCCUUGAGGGGCUACGGGACUGGUACAUCCGGAACUCGGGACUGGCCUCGGGGCCCCAACGCCGGCCUGUGCUCUCCCACAUGGGCCCGCAACACCCGCCCUUCCUCCAUGCCCGCUGCUAUGAGGUGGGCCAGGCGCUCUAUGGGGCCCCCAGCCAGGCACCCCUCCCGCACUCGAGGAGUUUCACGGCGCCCCCUGUCUCCGGCAGGUAUGGGGGGUGCUUUUACUGAUGGGUACGGGUCUCUUAAGGUAGACGGCAAAGUCUCCAGGCUAAGGGACAGAUAGUUGUGAGCGCUAAUGACUUGGACAAUGAGAGUGCUAACUGCAGGUUGGCACAAGGUCACUGGGCUCUGCCUGACCUAUGUUAGUGCAUAGGGUCUCAGUGGAGGGGUAUCUUGGGCCCUGGUAGCAGCAGUUCUUUACCAAGCUAUAGAAGGAUUUUAAUAUUUUAACAACCAGUGCAUGCCAGCUGAAAAUGAACCUUGGAACCAGGGUGCUGGGAAGAAGGGACAUCCUGUGCCCUUGCCUUUCUCUUCCUCUUUUCACCACACCCUGUGCUUGUGAGCCUCCAGGUGCUGUCCUGUGCCUCCCUCCGCCGCUUUAAUGAGCCGAUUUUCCUCUCUCUUUCUGUGUCUUGUACGUCUUUUCUUCUCUUCUCUGCCUUCCCACCCUGUCCUCUGGAUUCCUGCUACCCACUUCUAAAGAUACUACGCGGACUUCCUGUACCCCCCGGAGCUGAGCGCUCGUUUAAGUGACCUGACGCUAGAGGGGGAGCAGUCCUCCAGCUCUGAUCCUCAGACCCCGGGGACACUGGUCUGACCCCUUCUGGUACGCUCCUUGUUGGCCUGGGCAUGACUCCAGGCUGGGGAGCACACAGCUGACCUCGCCGAGUCCCGGGGUCUGCUUGUUCUUGGUCCUGGGUGAGGGGUGCCAACCUGAUCUUCCAAGGCCCCUGGCUCUGUGUGGGCCCAUGAAGGUGUCUGACGCCCUGCUUCUCCUCUCAUACUGUGCUGGGAACUGGGGGCCCUCAGCCAGCUUAAAAGAGGGGGGAUGGUGUAAUGGGGGCUCCAAGCCCCCUCCUCCUUUUCUGUUUACAGUUGUGAUUUAGGUUUUCACUGUCUCUUCCCAACACUAGACAUUUUAUAAAAGGGAAACUGUGAUAUUGUCUGGUUGGGUUCAUUCCUGUUCCAUGCCCAGCCUGUUCCAUUCAGGAAACCCCCUCCAUGAAAUGGACCAUAUAGAGUUGCAGGGCCCUGUUUGGGGCAGCUAGGUACUCUGGUGUGAACAGAACUCUCUGCCACCCCCCACCAGGGCAGUUCUUGGGGAGGUGAGCUCUCUGCCCACAUUUGGUGGGGGGGGCUUGGGUUCAUUUUCCCACCCCAGGGGUGCGGGAAGGAGCCCCAGUUCCUGUCUGCCUGUCUGUGCCCGCUUCCUCUGCCCCGAGGCCGAGAUGGCCCAACCUUUGGCAGCAGCCUCUACCCUAUCCCCACUCUGGAGGCUCCACAGGAGGGCCCAAGGACAGAGCCAUUGGGUGUGUUGUGUCCUGGGAUGCUGCUGUGGUGGAACCUCAGGUGACGCCUGGCCACAGGCUGCGUCACAUCUUCCUUGACUUUCCUUCCUUCUGCCACUUUUUAAACAAAUCUACGCAACCUGUGUUUUCUAUACCUGUCUGUGAUUUUCUGCAGCUAGGGGUCCCCAUACCCUUUACCUGGUGUUAAACUUUUCUUUUUGUAUCAGCGGAUCUGGGCCCAAGACACUACCAACAUUGGAAGAGGAUUUCUAAAAUAAAUGUGUAAACUGAA